UCUAAAAAAUCAAGAAACGAAGAAAGAUGAGAGAGAAAACUCUCUCUUCCUUUGACAAGCCCUAAUUUUUCCAAUCUUCAAAUUCAUUCGUCAUCUCCUAUUCAUUCUCAACUUUUCUUCAUUCAAUUCCGUUAUCUCAAACCAGAUCUACAACUUCUUCCAAAACCAUCUAUUUCGCAUACACACCAAAACAUCAUAUGUACCGCGAUCAUCGAGGUGGAUCGUCGGAGAUGGUGGGAGGACCCUUCGAUCGGAAACGAAUCAAUGAACAUUUGGAGAAGACAUCCUCACCUAGGGUUUUCAAUAGUAACAAGGACAAAGAGAGAUUGUCUAUGCCUUCAACAUCUGGAGCUAAAUCUCAUCACCUGGAUCAUCAUCGUCAUAAAAACAAGUCUGAUGAGGAAUCGGAAACAGACAGUGAGGAGUCUGAUGUUAGUGGUUCUGAGGAGGAUGAUACGUCUUGGAUUUCAUGGUUUUGCAAUUUGCGAGGAAAUGAGUUUUUCUGCGAAGUUGAUGAUGACUACAUUCAAGAUGAUUUUAAUCUAUGUGGAUUAAGCAGUCAAGUUCCUUAUUUCGAUUAUGCCCUUGAUCUGAUCCUAGAUGCAGAGUCUUCUCAUGCAGGAGAUAUGUUCACUGAAGAACAGAAUGAACUGGUGGAAUCAGCAGCUGAGAUGUUGUAUGGUCUGAUUCAUGUCCGUUACAUAUUAACCACCCGAGGAAUGUCUGCAAUGUUGGAGAAGUACAAAAAUUAUGAUUUUGGAAGGUGCCCGAGAGUCUACUGCUGUGGUCAACCCUGUCUCCCUGUUGGUCAAUCAGACAUACCAAGAUCAAGUACCGUGAAAAUAUACUGUCCAAAAUGUGAAGAUAUCUACUACCCGCGAUCCAAAUAUCAAGGCAAUAUAGAUGGUGCUUAUUUUGGAACUACAUUCCCUCACUUGUUCCUGAUGACUUAUGGACAUCUGAAGCCACAAAAAGCUGCUCAGAGCUACGUUCCAAGAGUAUUUGGCUUCAAGCUUCACAAACCGUAACAAUGGUAUGUUUGAAUCAUGUGAAAAUUUGAUUUGUAUCAUGAUCUGAGAUCAUUUCUAGCUUGUAUUGUAUCCCCCCCCCCCCCCCCAAAAAAAAAAAAAAAAAAAAUAUUUAGGCGAUUUAAUGGAGUUGAUGAAAAAAAUGUUUUUAUCUUUGUAGCUCAUAAAUUUGUUCUUUAUGUUAUACUAGUAGAGUUAAUAUCAUGUCUGUACAAGUUAGUUUA